CUAAAUGCAUCUCAGCAGCCUUGCCCAUGUCUUCAUUUAGCCCAUUUAACUUUUUACUGCAACCUCUCUGAGAUGGGGUUAGUGCUGCUAUCAUUUAAAAGCCACAAGAGAGCUACAAGAAAAACAACUCUAAAACCCAUCUAUCCUAUUGAAGUCAAUUGUCUAGGAAUGGCAUGGAUAGAGAAAACUUCUUAGAGGGUCAGCUGUGCAUGUUUUAUCUUUUUUUGAAUGUUCAAGUGAAAAUAAUUACCAGAAAGUCUGAAGUGAUUACUGAUUACAGUACUGUGAUUUCCAUCCUUGUGUGAUUUAUAAAACUUCAGUUUUGUGAACUUUGAUUUACAUAAGUCUUAAGAAUUGUGCAAUGUCGACUGUGAAAUUUGAACUGGAUUAUCUUUCUCCUGAAGACUUCAGACAGGAACAUGCUUCCAAUUCAGAUUUUACGUUAACCUGUUUGACUGAACUCUCUGAUGACUCUAGUGAAUUGGAACUUCAGCACUACAAUUCUGUUCCCACUGGCUUGCAAAAGUUGUGCUCAUCUCAUCGUGGGCUUGAGAAGAGUGUGUGGGCUGCCAAAGGCAAAUACAAUGAAGGCAUGAAUGUAAGUAAGAGUGAAAUAGCAAAAGAAACUUCAUUAAAACCGUCUCGCAGAUCCCUGCCUUGCCUCACUCAGAGCUAUGCUUACUCAAAGAGCUUGAGCCAAUCUACCUCACUCUUUCAGUCAAUUGAGAGUGACUCUCAAGCUCCCACUUCUGUAACCUCUAUUUCUGCUGACAAAACAGAGCAAGCUAACACCAAGGAGAAUAAAAACGAUACUGUGCUCAAAUGUUCUUUUGCUGACCUCAGUGAUUUUUGCUUGGCUCUAGGGAAAGAGAAGGAUUACAUGGAUGAAUCAGAACACGCUCAUUAUGACAGAUCUCGGCUCAUUAAAGACUUUGUUCCCAAAGAUAAUACUGAAUCCAAGACAAGAUUGUCUAAGAAUGACAUGAAUUAUAUAGCAUCCAGCGGACUUCUAUUUAAAGAUGGCAAAAAGCGGAUUGAUUACAUUCUGGUUUAUAGAAAGUCAAAUAUACAAUAUGACAAAAGAAACACAUUUGAAAAGAACCUCAGAGCAGAAGGCUUGAUGUUGGAAAAAGAGCCAGCUGUUGCAAAUCCUGAUAUCAUGUUUAUUAAAAUUCACAUUCCAUGGGACACAUUAUGCAAGUAUGCGGAGAGGCUGAAUAUCAGGAUGCCAUUCAGGAAAAAAAGCUAUUACACUGACCGGAGGAGCAAAUCAAUGGGCAGGGUGCAAAGCUACUUUAGAAGAAUAAAAAAAUGGAUGUCCCAGAACCCAAUGGUUCUUGACAAGUCAGCUUUUCCAGAUCUGGAGGAGUCAGACUGCUACACUGGCCCCUUCAGCCGUGCACGGAUUCACCACUUCAUAAUAAACAAUAAGGACACCUUCUUCAGCAAUGCCACUCGAAGCAGGAUAGUCUACCACAUGCUGCAGCGCACCAAAUAUGAGAAUGGGAUAUCCAAAGUGGGUAUCUGUAAACUUAUAAACAAUGGGUCAUAUAUUGCAGCUUUUCCCCCACAUGAGGGAGCCUACAAGAGUAACCAGCCCAUCAAAACCCAUGGACCUCAGAAUAACAGACACUUGCUAUAUGAGCGCUGGGCUCGCUGGGGGAUGUGGUAUAAGCACCAGCCCCUGGACUUGAUCAGACUGUACUUUGGUGAGAAGAUUGGACUGUACUUUGCUUGGCUGGGAUGGUACACUGGCAUGUUGAUUCCUGCAGCAAUUGUUGGCUUGUGUGUUUUCUUCUAUGGAAUAUUGACAAUGAAUGCAAGUCAAGUAAGCCAAGAAAUUUGCAAGGCCACUGAAGUGUUCAUGUGUCCUCUCUGUGACAAGAACUGCUCCCUGCAGAGACUCAAUGACAGCUGUAUCUAUGCCAAGGUGACAUACUUGUUUGACAACGGAGGGACGGUCUUCUUUGCUAUUUUUAUGGCAAUAUGGGCCACAGUCUUCCUGGAAUUUUGGAAAAGGAGAAGAAGUACACUGACCUAUACUUGGGACCUUAUUGAGUGGGAAGAAGAGGAGGAAACACUUCGCCCCCAGUUUGAAGCCAAAUAUUACAAAAUGGAAAGAGUGAAUCCCAUCAGUGGCAAACCUGAGCCGCAUCAGCCCUCCUCGGAUAAAGUUACUCGUCUUCUUGUCUCUAUCUCAGGAAUAUUCUUCAUGAUAUCUUUGGUGAUCACUGCAGUGUUUGCAGUUGUGGUGUAUCGCCUGGUUGUCAUGGAACAGUUCGCAUCAUUCAAGUGGAAUUUUAUCAAACAACACUGGCAAUUUGCAACAUCUGCUGCAGCUGUCUGUAUUAAUUUUGUAAUCAUUAUGACACUGAAUCUUGCUUAUGAAAAAAUUGCUUACCUUCUCACUAAUUUAGAAUAUCCUCGAACAGAAUCUGAAUGGGAAAACAGCUUUGCCCUGAAGAUGUUCCUCUUCCAAUUUGUCAACUUAAAUAGUUCUAUCUUCUAUAUUGCUUUCUUUUUGGGGAGAUUUGUAGGUCACCCAGGAAAUUACAAUAAACUUUUUAACCGGUGGAGACUGGAGGAAUGUCAUCCUAGUGGCUGUUUGAUAGACCUCUGCCUCCAGAUGGGAGUUAUCAUGUUUUUGAAGCAAAUAUGGAAUAACUUCAUGGAACUGGGAUACCCGUUGAUCCAGAACUGGUGGUCACGACAUAAAAUCAAGCGGGGAGUACAAGAUGCCUCCAUACCUCAGUGGGAAAAUGAUUGGAAUCUGCAGCCCAUGAAUAUUCAUGGACUGAUGGAUGAGUACUUAGAAAUGGUUUUGCAGUUUGGUUUUACCACCAUCUUUGUUGCGGCUUUUCCUCUGGCUCCCCUUUUGGCUUUGUUAAACAACAUCAUUGAGAUUAGGCUGGAUGCAUACAAAUUUGUCACCCAGUGGCGCAGGCCUCUGCCAGCCCGAGCCACUGAUAUAGGUAUCUGGUAUGGAAUUCUUGAAGGAAUUGGUAUUUUGGCUGUGAUCACCAAUGCAUUUGUAAUUGCCAUUACAUCAGAUUAUAUCCCACGUUUUGUCUAUGAAUAUAAAUAUGGCCCUUGUGCAAGUCGGUUUGAAUACAGCGAAAAUUGCUUAAAAGGAUAUGUCAACAAUAGCCUCUCCUUCUUUGACCUGAGUGAGCUCGGUAUGGGAAAAUCUGGUUAUUGCAGGUACAGAGAUUACAGAGGUCCCCCUUGGAGUUCCAAACCCUAUGAAUUUACCUUACAAUACUGGCACAUCCUCGCUGCUCGACUGGCCUUCAUCAUUGUGUUUGAGCACCUUGUUUUUGGGAUCAAGUCAUUCAUCGCAUACCUGAUUCCAGAUGUACCAAAAAAUCUGUAUGACAGAAUACGACGGGAGAAGUACCUCGUCCAAGAAAUGAUGUACGAAGCUGAAUUAGAACAUUUACAACAACAGCGGAGAAAAAGUGGUCACCCUGUUCAUCAUGAAUGGCCUUAGUUGGUGCCUGUUUCCCAGUAGGAGCAGUAGCCAUGGGAAUCACAGCAAGUUCAAAUUUUAGGUGGGAUCUAGGAGGAAGGUUAUACCUGGCAAUCAUGUGUAUAUUGUGCUCCUUGGAACUGCAUCGCAGUUAUCUCUGGUAUUUGAAAUAGCCAGCAUUUCUAGGGAAGAAAAAGAUGACUCCUGACCUUAAAAUAAUGCUUAGAUUGACAUUGCAGGAAGCCAGAAUCUAAUUCUCAGAACCAGACUCAGGGAGUUGUGUGUUUGGAGACCUCCACCUUCCAUCAGCUGUAGCGUAAUAGGAAGGGUAAUGGUGAGGUUUCUAAAGACAAGAUUUCCAUGUAAAUGUUCACACUCCAGGAAUGACUUAGAAUUGUGUUAUCUUCAUUCACAUUCUAAUGACUUUGAAACCAUAGGGUGAGUUAAUACAUGCAAGAAAUAAUCAAUUAUUGCCUUUGCUGCCAAAAAUCCAUGUCCCUUCAGCUUACAGGUUUAUAAGAAUUUCCCUUGUUUCUUGCUGAGCUUAUGAACCAGUGCCACAGGGAAAUUAUGCUGCUUUAUAUUUACUAUGCAGUUGAAGAAUUGCACAUCACCUUAAUAGUCAAACCAAAAAUCUAAAAUUCCAAAAUGAAUACAAUUCAUGAAAUAAUAUUCUGUUGCAUCUACUACAUUCAAAUCUAUUUUGUCACUGACAGGACCAGUUAUACUGCCUUUCUUUAUAACUAAAUGCCAAUAGAGCCACAUGCAUAUAAAACAUGAAUGGUUAUUUUCAUAUCAUUGAGAAGAUAAAUCCAUACUUUACUGCAAAAGGCAGUUUUAUAGUACAUUUAAUAUUUCGCUUCCUGAUUUAUUACAACAGCUCUCACUGAAUAACUUGAACUGCUGUAAAUAUGUUGAUUUUCCUUGUACCUUUGCACCUUGACAAUGUGUAAUGCAAGUUAAUUUAUCAGCUCUGAGAACAUUGGCACACUAUCCCAUUUGUGACUUGUUUAUUGAGGAAAACAGAAGCCAGAUGCUUUGCAAUAUGUAUGCUUUUCCAACAAUGUCAUCUCUUGCUCAUGAGCUAAUGAAAGUAAUGCAUGAAUAUAAAUUUAUAUUAUUUGUAAAAAAAAAAAACACUUUUUUUUCACUUUCUUUUCAUCAUUGAACAGAGUUUUGUUACUAUUUCUUUGAUAGAUUGAGUUUAUUUUUAAAAAUUCCCUAGAAACAAAGUCAAAUUAAUUGUGAAAGACCUCAAUUUGCUUUAUUGUGCAGCUUCUGUUUCAGUGUCAGUUCUAUUAUCUGUUAGUGUGACUGUUCAUAGUCUAAAGAAGUGGGAAUAAUGGGGCAUUCAAUUAAAGGAAAGUCUGUGGAGGCACAAGCUUUGGUGGCCAUCUGGGCAAAAGAAUUGAAAUAAGAGGAUGUACAGCAGUAAGUAGGACAUAUUUCCAUAUAAAACGUCAAAGCUAAUCUCAGUUUUUUCCUCUCCUAGAAAUAGUUUGGGAGAUUAUACACACUCAUAUAUAUCUUACUAUUUUGGUUAUUAUUUGUCCAAUUAACUUUUGUCCAAUUAAACAUAGCAUAGAUAGUCCCAAAAUUUACACAGGCCAAUUCAAUGCAAUUGAAAUAUACACUAAGAUUUCUCUAGUAAGAAAAGUAUAAAGUUGUUCUUACUAUUUUUACAAUCCUUACACUGAAAAUGUUUUUCUUUUUUGCUUUCCCUUGUUUCCCCCAGGGAAAAGCUAAUAUAUUACAGUUGUCGGGUAGGUAGGUGGUUGGUUGGUUUUUGUCAAAAAUAUUCAUAUCCCUACUUGUCGUCUAAUUCUGAGCAAGGGGACAAAUUUCAUACUCUAAAAUUCUUUCGCGUGCCCUUCCCACAUGGGAUUCUUUCAUACACAUUGCAUAGAGAUUCUGUUUCUGCCACCUGUGUAUUUAUAGUAACUAAUUCUACUAACUCCACAAAGGAGUUCUAACCUCCUGCAUCUUUGUAGCAUCUGCAUUUCUUUUACUUGGUUAGUUAAGUGUAUUACAAUGCCUGAGAAUAAAUACUCUCUGUCUGUUAAAGACAUAAAUGAAUCUGAUAUUUAUAUCUUUUCCAAAUGAGGGAUACAGGACAAAGAUAUUUGUCCUGUGUGCAGCAAAAAAUAAUGAUAGUUGUGCCCUUGAGAAUUCUUCUCUUUAGGAGUUAGUUUUAUAUACCACCAUCAGGGUUUAAAAUCAUAUUGAUUGCCUAGAGAGAAAAAAUGUGAAUAAAGAAAUGUAUUUUUAAUAAAACAUUAUAAUAUGUUGAUAAUUUUGAAACUGGUGAAAAAAUAGAGUAACAGUGAAAAAAUUUUCUGAGAUUUUUCCUUUUAUGAAACAAUGCAGUAGACUCUAGCGAGGCCUUCAUCACUGUUGACAACAAAAUAUUACAGCCCAAAACAGUAUGUUAGUUUUAUUUCACUCUAUUUUAUUUGAAAGAAAUGUUUUAUAUCAUGGUUUUCAUAUGAAUGCAAAUUAUUUCUCAAAGAUUUAUAUAGCACACACUUUUCUCAGGAAUUCUGUAUUAUGUGAAUGCUGCUUAUAUAUUUUCAUAUUCUAAAUUGUUGUCUUUUCAAGCAAAUAACUAAUACAAAUGUGCAUGUAGUCAGCUUUGACAGUUUGUUCAGAGCUGAAGCGCUUGCAGAGUAGGAUGUGGAAAAUCACUCUAGAUUGUAGCUGACAUAGUUCACAACUGUCUGAGUCUCCGCAUGCACUUGUAGAUAAUGCUGCUGCGUGACUGCAUGAUGAGAUACAACUUCUGAAUGUUGCACAAUUUUUCAAAAUGACUCCUAGAACAAUCUAUUGUAGAAUGGAAUGAAAAGAAGCUUUUUUCACUCAAUAAAUUAUCAUAUGAUAUGGUAUUUUUCUAUAAUUUGCAUGUUGGAUUUAUUCCUUUUUUUAAAGGAUAAAGUGAUUUGUUGAGUGUGUAUGGGGAAAGGAAAUUGCUCAUUCUUUAGCUCUAUAAGGAAAUUCUUGCAGGUUCUUGCCCCACUCAUUAAAAAGUUUUCAUUUUAGUCUUCUGAUAAGCUCAUUGUUAUUUUCAAGGCAUUUGCAUCUGAAAGUGCAGAUGGAGUAUCAUAUUGAUCCUAAUAAUGAUUUGUACUAGAAACAGAUGGGAGAAGCUUGAUUAGUUUUUAUGGAACUAAUAAUGCUUCUAUCACACAGAAACAUUUUCUUUUUUUCUGACUUGUGCUGGCUCUGUCAAUCAUCACGAUCUCCUUGGGACAGAUGAAGAUCAAUUUUAGUCUAGAUAUAGUACCUGUCAAGAUAGUGGACAUGUAGGGCCAACUGUCAAUAAGAAACUACCAAAUUGUGAGCGUGCAUGCAUACACACACACACACACACACACACACAAACCUAAUGGUCAAAAUUGAAAAUUGCUUGAAGAGUUGCUGACAGAUAAGGCUGAAUGUACUAGUUUGUCAAUUAGGGGCAGGUAGACUUAAACCCAGAGUAUGUGGGGUGUGUGUGUGUGUGUGUGUGUGUGUCUGAGUGUGAUUGCAUACACACACUCACAACCAGCAUAUCUUUUAUAUAAGAACCAGUGAGCACUUACUCUCUCUCAGAUACACCCAUUCAGUGUCCCCAGUCUAUUUUCUCUCAAGUAUGAUAGCAAGUCCUGGAAAUCAUUGUAGGUUUUAUCCAGGCAAUCAGCAUCUUAUUUCUCUGGUUUUCAUAGCUUAUCAGGGAGAAGCCUAUACAUUCAAUCUUAGAGCUUUAUGACUGUCCCAGUGUGUGCUCCAGCACAAUUCUCCCUGAAGAAAGCCUCUUGUUCUGGGUACAGACAGUUCAAAGUGGGAGUCUUGAGUACACUAGACAGUCAGUUAUGUGGAUGUUGCUUUAAUCUUUCCCUAAGAAGGAAGGGCUGAGAUUUUCAGGCAUAUAUGUGUAUUGAAAUCCUCAGAAUACUUCCAUGUCAACUCUCACUCUCUGUAGGAAAAGCAUCAACUCUCCUUUCUGUUUUUUGGAAAGUAAAACACUCCUAAAUUAUUAUUGAUAGUUGUAAAACAAAAGUUAAUGAGAUCUGUUUAGAUAUUUUUCACUAAAAAUAGUUAAGUGGAUGGCUAGUGCCAUGUGGUACACAAGUUGUUUCAAACCAUUAUAAUUAUUUUGUCAAUAUCCAGAUGAACACUUUAGGGCGACUUUAGUAUUUAACAAGUGCUAAGAACAGACAGUUUGCUUUUUUUGGGCAGCUUUUCUCCACAUGAGAAGAGGGGGAUUGAAUGGCCAGAAUAAUCUUGAUGGCAAGAAUAAUUGUGGAAGCAAUGCUUUGGGAAUGGUGGAGGGGAUGUCUUCCCACCUGGGCAAUAUAACUGUAUUUUGAGGUUCUAUUUCAGUAUUUGCUAUGUACACAUCCUGCCUUCUUUUUAACUGAACAAGUAGCUACAAUUAAAUUCAUCUUUUAACAUUCAGAAGAAAUGAAGAUUUUUCUUUUUUUCUUUAUCUUUCUCAAUGAUGAAGCUAAAUAAAGUAAACUUACAAAUCAGUGAUAACUCUAACCAAAAAAUAAAUGUUUCUAUUUUCCAAGUUGCAGAUGAAAAUACAUUUAAAUACAUAUAUAUGCAAUUUUAGCUUCUUAGUGUGUAUCCCCUAUAUACAUGACCUCUACACUGAAUUUUUUCAAGUAGGAAAGUGCUAUGAGAGUUCUGUAAUUGAAGAGGGAAUUGGGGGAAUACUAUAUGUGUGUGUUAUUGUUAACCAGUCAACAUUUCUUUGAAACUCUCAUGAGAAAUUUUCAAGUGAAUUUAAGUAAACUUUGCUUUGUUGAAAUAGAUUGAAUCAAUUAUCCAAACAGUAUUUCUAAGGUGUGUCUUCAGGGCAGUGUUCUAAAAGUAGUGAACAGUAAAGGUACUUAAUAAAAACCUUUAUAAUGUGGGUUCCAAAUAAGUCAAUAGCAUUGCCUAAUUGCUCAGUUCUCUAUAAGUUCUGCCUGUUGUACUGCUACGAAUAAGCGGUUUGGGGAUUGCUCCGUUAUUUUUCACAUGGCAAUCACACUAGGGCAUUUAAUCAAUACACUGCAUGAAAUUAGUUUUUUAAAUGUGUCGAUGCAGAUUCUGUAAUUGGAAACUGAGUGUUCUAAACACCUGUGCACACUCGCUUUAAAAUCUUUUUUAAAAGCAGGUGAAUGUUUCUGGAAAUUCCAAAGGACAAAGAGGCCAAGGUCCAUAAGAGGUAUCACCAUUAUACAAUGCUUUUCUUGAUUUAUAGUAACUCACUGUAUUAAAUCAUAAAAUCAUCUUGAUGGUUACGUGUGUGUGUGUGUGUCUUAAGACCUUAGUAGCUCAAAUAUUUCAGGCAAUAUCGAUAACACUAAAAAAAUAAUGUUUUAUAAUAUAUCAAACCUUAUU